AUGGCUGAACCUCCCAACACGUUACCAGAGUUGAGGAUUGCUGUACUGGGAACGGGCCGGAUUGGCAGCGCCUUCGCCCUCCAUCUUGCCCGUGGAAGCCAGCAUGACGUUACUGUCAUUGCCCGGCCGGGAUCUGAGCGUCUUGCACAGUUGGAGUGCGACGCAGCGAUCACAACGACCGACGGGGAGCGUGUGGCUGUGACUGUUGACGACAAACUCGACGAAAGCAUCCCGUAUGACCUCGUGCUCGUCACGCUCAAAGAUUACCAAGUGGAACCGCUCCUGCCCGUCCUGAAGCGCAGCAGAGCGAAAACAUUCCAUUUUAUGUUCAUGUCGUUCGACCCCGAUCGCCUGCUCAAGGCCGUGGGCUCGGAUCGGGGCGUUUUGGGCAUGCCCUUCCUACAAAGCAACUUCGAUUCCCUUGGGCACGUUAAUGUAACGGUCGGAAGUCGCCCCACACUGACAGGAGAUCCACGAUGGGCCAAAAUCUUUGAAGCGGCCGGGCUCCUGGCUCGUCAUGAACCGAAAAUGGCUCUCUGGUUGCGGUGUCACGUCCCUCUCGGGCAGCGUUCGAAAGUGUUGCCGUUGCCGCUGAACAGAGUGGCGGCGGUGCGUCAUGGCAGCGGGCACGUGCUCUGGCGCAAGGACUACACUCCUGCUUUGCUCUGAUCCGCAGUCAAGGAGAUGAGAUUUAUCCAAGCGACAAGGCCAGACUGGCUGGUAUGCCUGGUUUCCUUGUUGCUGGCAUGCUUUGGGGAAUGUCGCGUAUUCCUUCCUUUCGAACGCUUUUGGCGACAGGAGAGACGGAGUGCUGCGCCCUCAUCGACGCCAUGCUAAUAUCUGUUCACACGCAUGGCGGAGUCAACGACUUAGGUGCAGAGGACUUGAACGCGAUCCGCGCUAUGAUUCCGACUAGGCAGCUGGAAAGAGUUUCUUCAAGAGACAUUGAGACAUACGCAACCAAAUAA